UUAAAUUAAAUGCUACUCUUUAUUCCGAUUCACCACUAUCACAUAAAGUUCACUGCGGCAGAACAAAAGCUGAAGCCAUUGUUUUGAAUGUCCUAGCACCGAAUUCAAUCCAGUCAACAAUACAAGACCUAAAAAGGACUUAAUCUAGAGGCGGGUUUCACUUUUCGAUUGCUAUCGACGCCUCAAAUAAAGGAUCCCAGAAAAUGUAUCCAAUUGUCAUCAGAUACUUUGACCAAGAAAAAGGUGUUCAGAAUAAAUUAAUGGAUUUUUAUGAGGAUUCGAACGAAACAUCUCAAAAAAUUUUUGAGAAUAUUGACAAUUUUAUGCUUCAGCAUGACUUAGACACAACUUUGCUGUCUGCUUUCUCUGCAGAUAAUGCAUCGGUUAAUUACGGUGCUCACAAUUCCGUGUACCAAAAAAUUAAAGAUAAAUAUUCCGAUACCAAAGUCGUUAAAGCAAAUUGUAACUGUCAUGUUCUUCAUAACGCCGCCAGAAACGCUAUGAAAGCUUUAACAUAUGAUGUGGAAAACUUGAUUAUGAAAGUUUAUGCGGAAUUUUCGAACAGCGCAAAACGCACGAGAGAAUUGCAGGCAUUUUUUGAGGAGUUUGAAAUUGAAUACAGAAAAGUUUUGAGACAUGGGCCAACUAGAUGGUUAAGUUUGGGAAGAGCUGUUGACAGAUUGAUAUUGUCAUGGCCUGCUGUAUCCGCGUAUUUCAAAAGUCUUGGUGAAGCAGCAUACCAUAAAAUAAUAUGGGAAUUCGUAAAACAGUGUGGUGAUGAUGCUGGAAGUUUAUCUGCAAAAAUCACACUACAGGAAUGUUAUUUAUAUUUCAUUCAUUAUUAUAUGAAUAUGCUGAAAGAAGCCAUACUAUUACUGCAAAAAAACACAGUAACAGCUACUGAGUUGCACCCAAUUAUGAAAAAUAUAAAAGACAAGGUUGAAAGCCGACUGCAUGAUGAGUUUUAUGGCGCCAAAGUAAUGAGAAACAUGAAGUUUUUGAGGCCUUCCGAACAGGAUCAAUUAAAUAAAGAAGCCAAUGAGGUUUACAGAAAAACUCUUGCUUUAACAUUGCUUGUGUGACAUUCAUAAUUGAUGAUUACCUUUUUACAUAAUAUAUUUAAUUUGACAUUACAUUUUUGACUUCAAUGGUAUUAAUAAUUUUAAU